CGACGUGAAACGGGACUGUUUGUUCUGGAUUUGGGGCGAGGAAGGUCUGUGAUCGCUGACAAGCGACCGAAGAAGUUUCUCACAGGUGUGACACUCAGCUCUCUGUGUGUUGUGGUUUUUGUGCUGCCUCAGCGUGUCGCUGACAAACAUCCCACAUUACCCCGGGAAGUUGCCACCUCCCCAACUGAGAUAUGAUCACACAACUGGAUUAGACCACAGCUGCACAGCAACAAACAUAGAGUCACGUGAGGAGUGUAAUGGCCUGAAGGGGGUCCCCCCGGUCCCACCUGCCCCUGCCAGGUCCAAUCUGCCUAAACUGUCUGCUCAGCCACUGCAGCCCACCAGUGCGAUGGGAGACGGACUGGAGGCAGGCAGCAGCCAGAACCCUCCCUCUGCCCAACCACCUAUCCCCUUCAACCCUCCACCCCCUGAAACAUGGAACCCCUCCAGACCCAAACGACAGACCAACCAGCUGCAGUACCUGCAAAAAGUGGUAUUGAAGACAUUAUGGAAACACAAUUUUGCUUGGCCCUUCCAGGCUCCUGUAGAUGCCAUCAAACUCAAUUUGCCUGACUACUAUAAGAUCAUAAAGAAUCCUAUGGACAUGGGCACAAUAAAAAAACGCCUGGAGAACAACUACUACUGGAAUGCCCAGGAGUGUAUCCAAGACUUCAACACAAUGUUCACAAACUGCUACAUCUACAACAAGCCUGGGGAUGAUAUUGUGCUAAUGGCAGAAGCCUUGGAAAAGCUCUUUCUCCAGAAGAUUACAGAGAUGCCGCAGGAGGAGACUGAGAUUGCUGUGGUUACAAAGGGACGUCGAGGAGGCAGGCGGGAGACAGGUCUGAUCUCAAAAUCAGAUUCAGGGCAAGACUCAUCAUCCCCCUCCACCACCCCGCAUACACGAGGCUUUUCAUCCCCUUCAACCACUCCACAUACCCGUGGUGCACCCGCUCCUCAAAGUUCUCCUGUCUUACCCUUGGCUCAGCCUCUGGCCCAAGCCCUGGCUCAGCCUCUGGCUCAACCUCUAGCUCAGCCUCUGGCCCAACCCCUAACUCAGCCUCUGGCCCAACCCUUGGCCCAUCCUCUGGCUCAUCCGCUGGCCCAACCUCUGGCUCAUCCGCUGGCCCAACCUCUGGCUCAUCCGCUGGCCCAGCCUCUGGCUCAUCCGCUGGCCCAGCCUCUGGCUCAUCCGCUGGCCCAGCCUCUGGCUCAUCCUCUGGUCCAGCCUCUGUCUCAACCUCUGGCUCAGCCUCUAGGCCAGCCUCAGCCUCCCCGUGUGCCUCCUACACCCACAAACCAUCUGGGACUGCAAUUCUCACUCUCCACUUCAGACGUCCUGGCCCAGGGCAUGACAUCUGUUCCCCCUCCAACUGUGACUCACCCAGGCCUCCAUCCUACUGCCCCCAUACUGCAAAGCUCCCCUGCCCUCAUCAAGCAAAGGAAGAGCCAGAAGAGGAAAGCUGAUACCACGACGCCCACCGCCAACGAUCAGCUCAGUGAAUCAUCUCCUGUUUCUGCUGAGACUCGGCCACGCCGAGACAGCAUUCGCCCAACAAAGCAGCCCAAAAGAGAAGCAUCACAGCCAGACUCUCAGCAUCACCUUGUAGGAGGCUUGGAGAUGGGAGGGACAGGAACACCGAAACGCCAGGAGCAGUUGCGUUGGUGCGCACGUCUCGUCAGAGAGAUGCUGUCUAAGAAACAUGUGGCCUAUGCGUGGCCGUUUUACAAACCUGUUGAUGCGAAAGCUCUCGGCCUUCAUGACUACCAUGAAAUCAUCAAGCACCCCAUGGAUCUCAGCACCAUCAAGAAAAAGCUGGACAACAGACAGUACAGAGAUGCUCAAGAAUUCGCAGCAGAUGUCAGGUUGAUGUUCUCCAACUGUUACAAAUACAACCCUCCAGACCACGAUGUGGUGGCCAUGGCCCGUAAAUUACAGGACGUGUUUGAGAUGCGUUUCGCCAAAAUGCCCGAUGACCCCGAGGAGCCAGUCCCUGUUCCCACACCGUCGUCGGCCCUCCACCCUGCCCCCUCCACACGACAAGUCCCACCUCCUCCUGCUGCCUCAGAAGACGACAGCUCGAGUUCUUCAGAAUCUGAGUCCUCAGGAGGAGACUCGGAACAAGAAAGGCAACAGCGACUGGCAGAGUUACAGGAACAGCUCAAAGCUGUCCAUGAGCAGCUGGCAGCGCUCUCCCAGCCGCAGGCCAGCAAGCCCAAGAAAAAAGAGAGGGAGAAGAAGGAAAAGAAGAAAGAAAAGUACAAGAAGAAGGUGGGAGUAGAAGAACCUGUGGAGACUCCUCCGCUUGCAGUGCUUCAGACGUCUAAGAAAAACAAAAGUAGUAAAGAACCUAUCAGUGCAAAAAAAGAGAGGAAAAAGCCCAGUAAGAAAGAAGGAGUUAAAAACACCCGGCCUGCUGUACCCCCUCAGCCUGGGCCGACCCCUCUUGUCCCUUCAGCCUCUCUUGAAGAGGUUGACAUAGACGUGUCUGCUGACAGGUGCAAGCCAAUGUCAUAUGAGGAGAAGCGCCAGCUGAGCCUGGAUAUCAAUAAGUUGCCUGGAGACAAGCUGGGCCGUGUCGUGCACAUAAUCCAAACCCGUGAGCCUUCGCUGAAAAACUCCAAUCCGGAUGAGAUUGAGAUUGAUUUUGAGACGCUGAAGCCCUCCACACUGAGAGAGCUGGAGAAGUACGUCUCAAGCUGCCUCAGGAAGAAGAAAAAACCAUCAGCAGAAAAGCCUCUGGAAAUGACAAAUGUGACAAAGGUGAAGACGGGAUCCUCAUCUUCAGGCAGCAGUGACUCCUCUGAUAGUGAAGACUCUGACAGUGGGCUGGUUCCCAAGCAACAGAAGAAGACUUCAACUAACAAGGACACCAAGAGACAGCAGCACCAGUCCCUCGGUAGUGGAGUGGGCCAAGUCACUCUUCAGCCUCAACCUCAACCUCAGCCUCAGGUGGUUCAGUCCAAACCACCGUAUAUCCCCCCUCCCGCCGUCCCUGUCUCUGUCCCCUCUCUGGAUUCCUCUCAGCUGUUGGCUCCAGCAUUUGAUCCUCUGGCCCACUUCAUGAAUUCACACCUGACGCAGUCCAACACGGAGCCUAAUGUAACCAUUACUACUGUUGGUGCUCCUGUUGCCUCUGGCCUCCUCAAUACAAAUGCACCUAUUAACCAGAUGCCUUCUGAGACACAUCCUUUCUUAAACCAACAUCCUAUUUUACCUUCUCCAGCAAUCCACAAUGCUCUUCCCCAGCAACCAUCAAGACCUAGCAACCGUGCAGCGCCGCUUCCACCCAAACCUGCACAGCCUCCUCCAUCCUCCCUCCCUUCCCUGCCUCCAUCUUCCUCACCCCAACUUCAGCCCUCACUUCCUCUUACCCUCCCGCAGCAGCCUGUCCCCCGCCCUCGCGUCCCGUCACCGCCAUCCCACGGCAUCCUGGGCACCCUCUCGGCGCAGCCCCCCCAAGCCCUGCUGGAGGACGACGAAGAGCCAACACCCACCAGUUCUGAAACCCCACCACUCAGUCAGGUCCACAACCUCCUGCAGUCACUUCAGGCCAGACCCACCACACAGACACAGCCACUGCACACGCAUUCUCCUGUGCAGGUUGCCUCUCAGCUGGGGCCGUCAAUGCACACGCAGGUUAUGACGACAACCGCCCCCGUUCUGACGCAGAGACACAGCUCAGGCCACGCGCACAUGCAGCAGUCAUUCCCGCAUACGCACACGUCAGUACCGCAGCAGCAAAAGGGCGGGAUCCUGCAGCAGAAGGUACAAGAGUUGCAACAGCACCAACAACAGGCAUCGCCACGAAGCAAAGCAGAGCCUUUCGCAACAGGUUGCCUGCGUGACAGCCCCUCUCCUCUGAUGCACUCUCCUCCGAUGCCUCAGUUCCAUGCAAUGGGACAGCAGUCGCCUCCACAGACCAAGAAGCAUGAGCAGAGGUCGAACCUGGUGGGGAUCAAAGAAAAGUUUCCCCAGUCACCAGUACUGCCCCCCUCACCCUUUAGCCCUGGCGUUCGUCAAGAUGCACACAAACCAGACAACAAACACCGAUUAGAUAUGAAGCCAUUGGAUGGUUCUCGCCCCAUUUCCCGUCUGCCAGACUCGCCUGCACCACCCUGCUCCCAGCAGGACAACAAAAUCAAGCAGGAACCCAAAACCCCCAUCGCUCCCAAGAAGACACAGAUAAAGAACAUUGGUUCUUGGGCCAGCCUGGCUCAAAAGUCCCAGUCCACACCGGCGUCCUCGGUGCGCUCGUCAAGCGACAGCUUCGAACAGUUCAAGCGGGCUGCAAGAGAGAAGGAGGAGAGAGAGAGACAGCUGAAAGCACAGGCUGAACAGGCCAGGAGGGAGCAAGAGAAACUGCGCCGUGACGACGAGGACACGAUGGAGCAGGCGCGUCGGGCGCAAGAAGACGCCCGCCGUCGCCAGGAUCAGCAAUCGCCGCUCGCUCCAACACCUCCCGCCUCAACUCCACCCACCCACUCCCCACAGGCCCCACCCACACAGCCGCAAGCCCCCCCACCCACCUCUGCUGCACAAAACGCUCUCGACCAGCAGAGGGAGAUGGCACGGCGCCGCGAACAGGAGAGGCGCAGGAGAGAGGCGAUGGCAGACACCAUCGACAUCAAUUUCCAGAGCGACCUGAUGGCCAUUUUUGAAGAGAACCUGUUCUGAGAGGAAGAAGAGGCACGAGAGAAGGACCUGUAGGCACACAGAAGCAGAUUUCCAGAAUGCUUACAAAUGCCCGUGCUCUGACGCACACGGUCGCUGCUUACACACAUCUGCAUACACAGACUUAAUAGUAACUGUCCCUUUCUCUCAGCAGUUGAAACAGCUGGUUUGUGUCGUGAAUGAGAGACGAGGGGAAGUGAAAUUCAAAUAAGAAGCCCUUUUUCUUUUCUUUUUCCAACCUCAGAUACAUUUUGGUGUCUGGUUUGGUGUUUCUGGUUAUAGGUCCUUGAUCUCCAGGGACAACAGUUGCAAAUAUUCAGCCCCCCCCCCCCCCCCCCCCCC